AUGGCUCUCCCCUUCAAAGUAGGAAAGAAAGAACUCUUCCUACCCAACUUCAUCAUCACCUUCCUCCGCAACCAAACCCUCCCCGCAAACUACGCCCGCUUCGAAGUGCCGCUCUGGUUCAGCAAACUCGACCUCCGCGACUACCUCUACCACGCCUACAACGUGCGCAUCUUCAGCGUAACAUCCUACGUCAAACAGCAGCGCGCGCGCUUCGGCGCACCGGGCGGCGAAGAGAAUCAGACUCCCAUGAUGCGCAAAUGGCACCGGCCGCGGGCGAAGAAGUUCAUGACGGUGCAGCUUGAGCGGCCGUUUGUGUGGCCUGAGGAGCCGGAGGAUUUGACGGCGUGGGAUAAGGAGACGGUGGAGGCGCAGAGGGGGCAUCAGGAGGCGGAGAGGGAUAAGAUGAUGCCUACUGCUGAUACGCUGGUGAAUGAGGACCGGCGGAAGAGUAUGAAGGAGCAAGCGAGGGCGUUGUUGGAGGGGAGGGAGAAGUGGGAGCCGAGGGGGCGGGAGAAGAAUCUUACAUCGAUGAUGGCGAGGAGGUGA